AUGCCCAUCUGGACCACAGAGGCUGUGACUGCCCACCUUGGUCCGGCACUCCCUAGAAUCAUCUCUGUGUGGCCACUUGUGGAAAAUGAAGCCACCGUGAGCCAGGCUCUGACAGAACCAGAGAAAGAUGGGGAUGGCAGACGGUCAGGCCAGAAGACAGUAAGAGCCACUAAAGAAGAGGAGAUGGCCCGCGAGCGGCCAGCGAAGGAGCGAGCGCGUGACGCGUCCGGGUUUGCUCGCGUCCUCCCGCGCCGAGCGUCCGCCGCCCGCUCAUGGCCCGGGCCGCGCGGAGUCGUGGGGCCGCCGCCUUGGCUCUCGCUGUGCGCCUCGCCGCCAUCGCCUUCGCGCCUGGCUGGCGGGGACGCUGUCCUCCCCGGUCGUCCGCGCCGCUCCCUGGAGCUCGGCGGAGCGUGGCAGUCAGUGCCGGCGGAGGCUCGAGGAGCCCGACGCCGCCGCCGGUAUCGCCGCCGGCGCUGCGGGGGCCAUGACCGUGGAGCAGUGCUGCAGCAGAGCGCGGCGCAGAAGCACCAGCAGACGUUUUUGAACCAGCUGAGAGAAAUUACUGGGAUUAAUGAUGCCCAGAUAUUACAGCAAGCCUUGAAGGAUAGUAACGGAAACUUGGAACUAUCAGUGGCUCUCCUUACUACGAAGAAUGCCAAGACCCCUCAGCAGGAGGAGACAACUUACGACCAAACAGCGCUACCUGGCAAUGAUAGAUACAUCAGUGUGGGAAGCCAAGCAGAUACUUAUGUGAUUGAUCUCACUGGAGAUGAUAAAGAUGAUCUUAAGAGAGCAAUUACCUUGAGUUUGGCAGAAUCAAACAGGGCAUUCAGGGAGACUGGAAUAACUGAUGAGGAGCAAGCCAUUAACAGAGUUCUUGAAGCCAGCAUAGCAGAAAAUAAAGCAUGUUUGAAGAGGACACCUACUGAAGUUUGGAGAGAUUCUCGAAACCCUCAUGAUAGAAAAAGGCAGGACAAAGCUCCUGUUGGACUAAAGAAUGUUGGCAAUUUGUGCUGGUUUAGUGCUGUUAUUCAGUCAUUAUUCAGUCUUUUGGAACUUAGAAGACUAGUUCUGAAUUACAAGCCUCCAUCAAAUGUUCAAGAUUUACCCCCAAACCAAAAGGAGCAUCGGAAUUUGCCUUUUAUGCGUGAGCUUCGGUAUCUAGUUGCACUGCUUGUUGGUACUAAAAGGAAAUACGUUGAUCCAUCAAGAGCAGUUGAGAUUCUUAAGGAUGCUUUCAAAUCAAAUGCCUCCCAGCAGCAAGACGUGAGUGAGUUUACACACAAAUUAUUAGAUUGGUUAGAAGAUGCCUUCCAAAUGAAAGCUGAAGAGGAGACGGAUGAAGGGAAGCCAAAGAACCCCAUGGUAGAGUUGUUCUAUGGGAGAUUCCUAGCCGUGGGAGUGCUUGAAGGUAAAAAAUUUGAAAAUACUGAAAUGUUUGGUCAGUACCCACUUCAGGUCAAUGGAUUCAAAGACCUACAUGAGUGCCUAGAAGCUGCCAUGAUUGAAGGAGAAACUGAGUCUUUACAUUCAGAAAAUUCAGGGAAGUCUGGCCAAGAGCAUUGGUUUACUGAACUACCACCUGUGUUAAUGUUUGAAUUGUCAAGAUUUGAAUUUAAUCAGCCAUUGGGAAGACCAGAAAAAAUUCACAACAAAUUGGAAUUUCCUCAAGUUUUAUAUCUGGACAGAAACAUGCAUAGAAACAGAGAAAUAACAAGAAUUAAGAGGGAAGAGAUCAAGAGACUAAAAGAUUACCUCACAGUAUUACAACAGAGACUUGAAAGGUAUUUAAGUUAUGGUUCGGGUCCCAAACGAUUCCCCUUGGUGGAGUAUGCAUUGGAAUUUGCCUCAAGUAAACCUGUUUGCACUUCUCCUGUUGAUGAUAUUGAUGCUAGUUCCCCAUCUAGUGGUUCUGUACCAUCACAGACAUUACCAAGCACAACAGACCAGCCAGGAGCUCCUUCUUUAGAACUGCCAAGCACAACACCUGCAUCAAUAGCUGCCCCUUCAUCGAGAUCAGUAAUACACAAACCAUUCACUCAGACUCGGAUACCUCCAGAUUUGCCCAUGCAUCCAGCACCAAGGCACAUAACAGAAGAGGAACUCUCUGUGCUAGAAAGCUGUUUACAUGGCUGGAGGACAGAAAUAGAAAAUGACACCAGAGAUUUGCAGGAAAGCAUAUCUAGAAUCCAUUGCACAAUAGAACUAAUGUACUCUGACAAAUCUAUGAUACGAGUUCCUUAUCGCUUACAUGCUGUUUUGGUUCAUGAAGACCAAGCUAAUGCCGGGCGCUACUGGGCAUACAUUUUUGAUCAUCGUGAAAACAGGUGGAUGAAGUACAAUGAUAUUGCUGUAACAAAAUCAUCAUGGGAAGAGCUAGUGAGGGACUCUUUUGGUGGUUAUAGAAAUGCCAGUGCAUACUGUUUAAGGUACAUAAAUGAUAAGCCACAAUUCUUAAUACAAGAGGAGUUUAAUAAAGAAACUGGGCAGGGCCUUGUUGGAAUAGAAACACUACCACCAGACUUAAGAGAUUUUGUUGAGGAAGACAACCAGCGAUUUGAGAAAGAACUGGAAGAAUGGGAUGCACAGCUUGCCCAGAAAGCUUUGCAGGAAAAACUUUCAGCAUCUCAGAAAUUGAGAGAGUCAGAGUCUUCUGCGACAACAGCACAAGCAGGAGAACCAGAAUAUCUAGAGCGGCCAUCAAGAAGUGAUUUCUCAAAGCACUUGAAAGAAGAAACUAUUCGAAUAAUUACCAAGGCAUCACAUGAGCAUGAAGAUAAAAGUCCUGAAACAGUUUUACAGUCGGCAAUUAAGUUGGAAUAUUCAAGGUUGGUUAAAUUGGCCCAAGAAGACACCCCACCAGAAACAGACUAUCGUUUACAUCAUGUAGUAGUCUACUUUAUCCAGAAUCAGGCUCCAAAGAAAAUCACUGAGAAAACAUUGCUAGAACAAUUUGGAGAUAGAAAUUUGAGUUUUGAUGAAAGCUGUCACAACAUAAUGAAAGUUGCUCAAGCCAAAAUUGACAUGAUAAAACCUGAAGAAGUAAACUUGGAGGAGUAUGAGGAAUGGCAUCAGGAUUAUAGAAAAUUCAGGGAAACAACCAUAUAUCUCAUAAUUGGGCUAGAAAAUUUUCAAAGUGAAAGUUAUAUCCACAUUUAA